AUGGCCCGUAUGUCCGAUGGGGAUCUGCUGAGCUCCCGCCUCGUGAAGUUCACGUACGACUCCCGACGCGACGAUAGCUUGAGCCGCCGGGACGCGAUCAACGCUAAACGUUUAUCUGGACUUCCCGCUCGUCGGGAGAACUGCGCGUUCGUGGCGGCGGGCGUGGAUGAGAUCGCGCCCGACGGCAGCCCCAUUGCCGAGAUACAGAGGACAUCUUACAGCUCCUCGCCAGCUGUCACCAAUAGCAACAUCAUGAAUCACGAUCGCGACGUCGAUACUUCCGUCCGCCACAGCCUCAGGCUAACUACGACUUUGCUUCCGCCAGAGUGA